CAACACGACAAUAAGAUAGAACCAUAGAAACUAAGGGAAAACUGCAAACAAGCUGCUUCCAGGGGUUGGUCUAUUUUCUGCGCAGUUUGCCACUUGCCCGAGCAAAUUGGCUAAUGUCAAGUAUCUUUUUCCGAUUCCGACCUAGUGCGAGGUCAUCUGGCCAACUGUUGAAUAAUUGGGCAUGGCAGCUUGCAGCUGGAUUAGCAUCCGAUUCGGUGUUACCGGGUUGUUAUCAAUUGGCCAGUCUUGUUCUCUCUUAGCCAAACAUCAGUGGUCAGCAAGGGGAAACCUUAGAUGUUUUUAAUUUUGUUAUGGAUCAAAUGUCGAUAUAUUGAUUUUAAAGUGAGAGUUGAGAUCUAGAACCAAGAUGCAGACACAGACACACACCACCACAGACCGACAUGGCUAUAGCCUGCGCUUUUCGCCUUUCGAGGCUAACUACUUGCUGCUAGCUACAAGCCAACUGUACGGUCUUGCUGGAGGUGGUUCCCUCUUUCUGCUGGAACAGAACUCCAACACAAACUCCUCAUCCACAGAUGGCCAGAGUCUCGGAGAGCUGUGCCGCCUAGAGUGGUCCGAUGGAUUGUUCGACGUCGCCUGGUGUCCGUAUGCCGCCGAUAUCGCCGCCACUGCCUCCGGAGAUGGAUCUCUUCAGAUAUGGUGCGGAUUGGACGGCGAAUCGGCGAGCAACCAGCAGACGCCGAAACAGCCGCUGAUCUGCCUGCAGGAGCACAAGAAUGAGGUGUACAGCCUGGACUGGGGCGAGAAGUGGAACUACCACACCCUGCUCUCGGCCAGCUGGGAUUGUACUUUGAAAUUGUGGGACUGCAACAGACAGAACUCCAUCACCACCUUUGUUGGCCACAACGAUCUGAUCUACGGGGCUAAGUUCUCGCCCCUGAUCGCCAAUCUGUUUGCAAGCGUAAGUACCGAUGGACACCUUAACUUAUGGAAUUCUCUUGACUUUGCAGGUAAACCCCUGAUGAGCAUCGAGGCACAUGCGAGUGAGGCACUUUGCUGCGACUGGUCGCACUUCGAUCGCAAUGUCCUGGUCACUGGAGGAUCGGAUGGACUGAUUCGGGGCUGGGAUCUGCGCAAGAUGAGGACGCACGUCUUUGAGCUGUACUCCGGAGAAUUCGCUGUCCGGCGAUUGGCCUGCUCACCGCACUCGGCAGCGGUCUUGGCAUCGGCCAAUUAUGAUUUUACCACGAGGAUUUGGAAUCUGGAACGUGGCGAGUCCGCCCAGGAGGUCAAUGCCCGGCACACGGAGUUCGUAUGCGGCUUGGACUGGAAUCCACACAGGACCCACCAGUUGGCCGACUGUGGCUGGGACUCGUUGGCCAACGUUUAUACCCCGCAGUGUCUGAGCGGUGAUUUGGUCGUCUAGGUUGGUACAGGGCAUGCCCACAACUGGAAACUGGAACUGGUACUCCCUAAAUACCGAAAACACAUGUGAUAAGGCGCUAGUGGCGUCGAAAUAGCCAGGCCUACAAGCGGUGCACCGUUAAUACGAUAGCUGAGCUAUAUGCAAUGCCUAUAAGGAACUGUAAGGACUCAUCGGCGCAACGAUGACGUGUAAAUAGCUGUGUGAUAAACGCUGAACGGGCUAAAACCUCAAGCAGGUGCUUCAAAAUGUCAAUAAAAGCUUACAUAUAU